AGGAGGAAGCAAUAAAUGCGCAACACAAAGUGUCGUCGUCGCUUGUUCUGGACGGUCGGCCGCGUUGGUUCAACACCGGACAAAGGCGUCCCCGACAUGACCUGCAUCUCGGACAUCGAUGAGAACGGAAUCAAUCGGAAUCUGAAAGUUCGCUACGAGCGCGAUCAGAUAUAUACUUACACAGGCUCGAUUCUAGUCGCCGUCAAUCCGUACAAGGAAAUUGAGUGCUACACGCAGGAAUUCGUUUCCAGGUAUCACGGAAAGAAACUUGGUCACCUGGAACCACACGUAUUCGCCCUCGCCGAGGCAGCCUAUCGAAAUAUACGGGAUAAUAACACAAAUCAGUCAUGCGUCAUAUCGGGCGAAUCGGGCGCGGGCAAGACAGAAACGACCAAGUUCAUCCUGCAGUAUCUCUGUUCGGUCACGUGUGACGUAUCCACCUGGGUCCAACAGCAAAUUCUCGAGGCGAACACAAUCCUGGAGGCGUUCGGCAAUGCCAAAACCAUCCGCAACGACAAUAGCUCCCGCUUCGGGAAGUUUAUGCAGGUCUGCUUCGACUCGAAGUGGUGCAUCAAGGGUUGCAUCAUCCAGGACUACCUGCUCGAGCAGUCGCGGAUAACGUUCCAGAGUCCGGGCGAGCGGAAUUACCACGUCCUGUACCAGUUGGUGGCCGAGGGCAGGAAUAACAAGGAACUGGCCGCGUCGCUGCAGCUGCGAGAUGCUUCCUUCUAUCGGUAUCUGAACUCGGCCGGAUCCUCGGCUAGCAUGGAUUAUGCGGCCGAAUCCAAACGGCUGGAAGCACUGCGGCUGGCGUUCAACGUGCUCCAAAUUUCGCAACCGCUGAUCGAGGGGAUCUUCAGGGUGCUUAGUGCCAUAUUAUGGUUAGGUAAUUUAAAUUUCGACGACAUCGAUGGCGAACGGUGUCAGCUGGCGGAAGGCGAUCGGGUAAUUGUUUCGAUCGUGGCGGAGCUGCUGGGUCUUCAGGAUACCGAUCUGGAGCAGGUGCUGCUGACGCGACAGAUAAACGUUCGAGGGAACAUUACGGAGAUCCCACUGAAGCUGCAGGAGGCACGCGAGAAUCGCCAUGCCAUGGCGAAGGCGUUGUACUCGCGGACGUUCGCGUGGUUGAUAAGUCACAUCAACACCUGCAUCAAUCCGGGCCAGGAUGCGUAUCGGUUUUUGGGGGUGUUGGAUAUUUUCGGGUUCGAGAACUUCAACACAAACUCGUUCGAGCAGUUGUGCAUUAACUAUACCAAUGAGAAGCUUCACAAAUUCUUCAACCAUUACGUGUUCGCUCUGGAGCAGGAUAUUUAUCGUCAGGAAGAGAUCAAGUUUGAUCACAUCCAAUUCACUGACAAUACGCAGUGUUUGGAGCUGAUUGAGAAACCACCGCGCUGUAUUCUGAAGCUUCUGACCGAACAGUGUCAUAUGCCAAAGGGUUCGGAUAUAGCCUAUCUGACAAAUUUGCACGGUGAGUUCGAGAGUCAUCCACGGUACGUGAAGGGCCAGGACCGGAGGCAUUGGGAGCUGGAAUUCGGCAUCCGACACUAUGCCGGCUGCGUAAGCUAUACCGUUAAAGGCUUCGUGGAUAAAAAUCGGGACGUUCAGCAGGAUGUGCUGUUCGAUCACAUGAGCAGGAGUUCGAAUACGUUCGUUCAGGAGAUUGCUUCGUUCCAGGACCUGCUGUCGAUUCAACAGGUGCAGACUGCUUCGACGGUGGGAACUGUGUCGAGGGGAACUUCCAAGGGAAAGCUAACGGUGAGCGAUACCUUCCGGCAGCAGCUGCAGGCACUAGUGGAUGUCUUGCAGAGCACAAAUCCAUGGUACGUGCGGUGUAUCAAACCAAACGUGCAGAAACUGCCCAAUGAUUACGACGACCAACUGGUUCUGGAUCAGCUUAGAUACCUUGGAAUGCUGGACAUUAUCCGCAUACGGCGGGAGGGAUUCCCGGUGCAUUUGACCUUCGAUGACUUCGUCCAACGCUACCAGUGUUUGACGAAGCGCUUCCGUAAUCUCUCCAGCAAGGAUCAAGCGCUGGCCGUGAUAAAGGAAUUGAACGUUCCGGCCACCGAGUGGCAAACUGGCAAAACCAAGGUUUUCCUGCGAAGUGUGGUCCACGAGCCACUGGAGGACGCACGUAAACAGGUGAUCAACUCGAAGGCUUUGACCAUUCAGCGGAACUGGAAGCGGUUCAGUCAGCAGCGAAACUAUCGGAGGAUUUUUGCCGCAGCUCUAGCGAUUCAGCACGCGUACAAGGGCUGGAAGUUGCGGAUCGAUUUCCUUCGGAAACGGCGAGCCGCGAUCGUCAUACAGAGCCAUCUGCGGGGAGUGUUCGCCCGGGAGGUGGCUGCGGCGCUUCGCGAAAUGCGCCGGGUAGACGAGGAGAUGCGAAAACGAGAGCGAAUGGAGGCCGAGCGAAAGGAACGCGAAGCGGCACAAGCUGAAGCCGAUCGGAAGGCACUGGAGGAGAGCGAAAGCAUGCCUAAUAGUAGUGAUGGACACAGUGUUGCUAUCUCUGAAUCGGGGGUCGCUAAGCAGGAGAUCCUCGCGCUGACACAAAUGGCCGAGCAAAUUAACUCGAAACUGCACUCCCAACAGCAACAGCAUGCCGCCAAUAAUAACAGUAUCAACAACAACAACAAUAACACCGCAGCCACUGGGGGCGAGCCAAAGAUCAACGGAAACGCGAUCGCUUGCGGUGCGUCGGGGGACGAUUCGGCUCCGGUCCCGGCUGGAAUCGCCUCCGCUAAUCAUGCUCACCAGCAGAGUAACGAGUCGGUUGAUCUUGACAAUCUGUUCGCUUUCCUCAGCGAGGUGCAACCGACGGGCAAUUCGAACGCGAUCAUUGACGAAAUCGGCGAGAAGAUGGACAAUCUGGUGGAGGAUCUGGACGUGGAGCUGGAGUCGGUCAUUCAGCAGGAAAUUGAGGGAUUGACGUGCGAAAGAAACAAUAAUGUCAGUGGUAAAGGCGCGCCGCCGCUGGUCAACGGAAACGGACCGAUCAAUAUUAACAGCAUAAACAAUAACAAUAGCAGCACCGUCGUAAGCAACAAACCGACCACACCGAAGCCGAUGGGAAUCCCAUCUCUGCCGGAGCCCACCAUGCCGCCGCCACCGAUUCCGACCGAGAACAACAACGGUUCCUUGCCGACGACAUUACCUCCACUCAAGUCGUUGGAUCAAAUCAAAAACCACAAGGACGAACCGAUCUACGAGGCGGUCAUCCACCUCAAAGAGCUUCCCCCACCGCCGGAGAUUCUCGAGAAAGUACCACCGGUUCCCCAGCAUCAACAACCACAAAUCCUUCAUCUGAAUCACCACAAUGGCCCAGCAGUUCAACCGCCACAGCCAGCGUCGCAGCAACAACAACAACAACCGCAGCAGCUACCUUCACAGCAGAACAGCUUGCUAGCCCAUCAGCAUGGUCUGCAGCAACAGCUGCACCAGCAGAUGCAAGCUAAUCACGUUCCUCCACCACCACCGCACGCCCACGGAUUGAUCCAUCAGCCGCAGCACCUGGAGAACGGCGGGAAUCAUAAGCUUCGCCCGAAAAGUCCAGCGGUCAUACGCUCUGCAAGCCCGGUGCAACGGGGCGGUACUGGUGGACCUAUGAGUCCCUCCUCUCCGAAGCACAGCCGACCGAACUCGCGAGCUUCUUCGACCGGCACGGGUGGUGGCCAUCCGUUUGCCGAGCGGGAGCAGCGCCGGAAGUACCGGGUGGAGAAAAAGCUCCAGGAGAUGCAGCAGAUGGACAUAACCGAGCGGGAGAAGGAACUGCUGCGGGACGAUGUGUACUAUGAUAUCCUGGAGUUUGCCGAGAGCUACUACAACACGCACGAACGGUCACCCGAGGGUACGAUCAUGGCUACACUGACCAGGAAGGGCCGUAAAUCGGUCGAUAUGGUACCGAAGUACGAGAUGAUAACGUAUUACAGAGGGAAUACGAUACCGUCCUCGCACAUUCACAUGUACGACCCGGAAAAUGUGACCAUUGCGUGCAAUGUUUUCAGGGAUCUGUGCAAAUACAUUCGCGGGGAGUUGAACACCGAGCGCGAGUUGCAGGUCAUUCAAUUCAUCAUCGGACAAGGAAUCGAACGGGAGGAGUUGCGCGAUGAAAUCUUCGUCCAGUGUAUGCGUCAGUCUACCAACAAUCCGAGUGUCGAGUGGACCGACCGGGUGUGGCUGCUGCUCUGUCUCACCAUCGUUGCGUUCCAACCGAGCAAGCUUCUCUUUCGGUAUUUUGUGAGUUUCCUCAAGAAGAACCUCGAAUCGCUGGAGGGUAAACUGCGGCAGUACGUACAGUGGUGCUUGGAUAACUGCAAAAACACAAAGGUUAGAUGUCGCCAGUAUCCGCCUUCCAGUGUGGAAAUUGCGGCAAUGCGUCGAUUGGGGACGAUCGUUUGUAGGUUCUUCUUCCUGGAUGGACGCACCAAGGCGAUUGACGUUCAUCCGACCGACACAGCCAGUGAUGCCGUAGCGAAGCUGGCCGAGAAACUGGGUCUCUGUAACGUGGAGGGGUGGGCCAUUUACCAAUCCAGACCGGACGGGGAGGAGCACGUCAAAUCGCACGAUUAUCUCUACGACAUCAUCGCUGCCUGGGAAGCCAAGCAAACCAAAAUACACGCCGGAAGUUCGACGCUACGGAAGAACGCCACCACUCUGGGCUCUGGAGAGAAUCGGUUCGUCUUCAAGAAGCGUCUGUUCAAGAGCACCCGAGAACUCUCGCAGGAUCCGGUCGAGGUUAACAUGCUGUACGCGCAAGCCGUGUACAGCGUGGUGAAGUGCGAUGACUUCCCGGUAUCGGAGAAGGUGGCCCUGCAGUUGGCAGGUCUCCAAGCUCAAGUCGCCCUGGGAGAUCCCUCCAAUCAGCCCAAACCGGAGUACUACUCGGACGUGGCCAGCUACAUGCCGGAGCGCAUUUCGAAAACGCGCGAGGAACAAUUCUGGGUGCCGAUAUUGGCCCAAGCCCACCGACAGUACGGCUCCGGUCGAACAGAACUAACCGCUAAGGUCUUGUAUCUUUCCUGUGUGAUGCAGUAUCCGCUGUACGGUACGACUAUGUUUGCUGUAUCGUAUCGGGGCUAUUGGAGCUACGGAAAUAGCUUGAUCCUCGGCGUCAACUGCGAGGGUAUCAUUCUGAUCAAACCGGACGAUAAGUUCGUGCUGUACGAGUUUCGCUACAGCGAUAUCGAGUCGAUCAUGCUAGAUCCGAGCGAUAGCUUUAUUACGAUCAGCCUGAACCGCCAUACAAGCACUACGGCCACUAGCGAUCAGCAGCGGUGCUUCGUGUUCGAAACGUCGCAGAAGAACGAGAUCGGCUCGCUGAUCGUAUCCUACUUCCCGGCGCUCUCGAACUGGAUCACCGAAAAUGAGGUCCCUGCGAAGAAAAGCAAGGGUAUCACGAACGAAGAUCGCGUUAGGCUGCAUCAUAAUGUGGUUGUAUGCCGGCGGCACCUGGUGGAUGCGGAGAUCCUACGAAAGCCGCAAGAUCCUAGCGGUGGCUUUUUGCGUAAUACUUUGCGAAGGUUAUCCAAGCAUCGGCUGGAGAAGCUGAGGGCCGAACAUGGUAGCUCGGUGCACGACCACGGCGAGACGUACAAGGGCUUCCCGCAUGCGUACUGGGCGUUCAGCAGGCAGCCACUGCCCCAGAGCUUGAGCAAGAUACCGGAUCAGGAGGAGCAGGCCAUGAUCCAGGUGUUCAAUUCCAUUCUUACCUACGCAGGGCUUGGGCAGAAUGGUGAAACCGUUCAGCGCGCCGAAGACGAACACAUAACCUUGAUCCAAUCGAUCAUGGAUCGCUGUAUGCGUAAGGAAUCACUGCUGAACGAGCUGUACUUGCAGCUGAUCAAGCAAACUACGGACCAUCCGGACCCGAAUUCCCGCGUUAACCUUCGUCAUUGGGCUCUACUAUCGCUAGCAUGUAGUGUUAUUCUUCCCCCGCAGAAAGUAGUUAGGAAAUAUUUGAUAGGUCAUUUAAAACGGUGCGCCAGUGAUUUCAUCACCGAGGAGGGCAAAUAUGCGCGCUUUGCCGAGAAGUGUUUCUUCAAGACGCAGGGCACACGUCGCAGACAGUGGCCUCCGAGCAGGGAGGAGAUCGUGUGUACGAUCAACAGGCGACCGAUCUACGCCCGGUUUCACUUCAUGGACGCCCAGUACCACUCGGUUGAGUUCCAUCCCAGUUCGACUUCGCGGGAAGUUAUGGAGAUCGUGAAGAAGAAAAUUGGACUGCAGGAGAACGCACAAGGCUAUGCCAUAUACGAGGUGCUAGGUACUUCCGAACGUAGUUUGCUUCCCGACGAGAAGGUUGCCGACGUGAUGUCCAAGUGGGAAAAGUAUCGCACAGCGGCUGCCCAAGCUGUGCAACAAAAUCAAAGCUCGAAUCUGGCGCCGGCCUGCCGACGGCAGCAUCAUCUGUUCCUGUUCAAGAAGCAUCUGUUUUGCGAUCAGUACAUGAAUCUGGACGAUCCGGUUGAGAAGGAACUGCUGUACCAUCAGGUACUGCAUGGGUUGCGGACCGAGCGGUUCCCCAUCUCGGAAAUGGAGGCGAUUAUGCUCACUGCACUUCAGGGUCAGCUCGAGCUGGGCGACUGCACGGAGGUGGUCCAGGACUACCGCUCGAUCGCAGCCCACUGUCUACCGCCACGCUUCGUUCCGAACAUCCCCCACGAGGGGGUGGCCAUGCAUCAUCAAAGCUUGCGAGGAAUGACCUCGGCCGAAGCGAAGAAGUCCUUCCUCAAUCUGAUUCAAAGCUGGCCCCUGCACAAGGCGACCAUCUUUGAUGUGAUGCAAUCGUUCACGUCCAACUGGCCGCGGAUAUUGUGGCUGGCGGUGGACCAGAAGGGGCUGCAUCUGCUGGAGCACCGGUCGCGGAACACCUUGUGCACGUACGACUACCAGUCGAUACUGUCGUUCUCGCCGAACAUGAACUGCCUGAUGAUCAUCACCGGCUCGGACAAGAAGCAGUCGAAGGUGAUACUGACGACGGCGCAGGCAUUCCAAAUAGCGAAUUUGAUUAGGGAAUACACCGAAGUUCUCCAGUCACAGCAGACGACUGACGAUUCGCAGAAGGAGAACACCGCCGUCAACAACAUCCCCACUGUUCCACAGGUCCCUCCCCACAAUCAACCUCUCCCACCGCCGCAUCAAAAUUUAUCGUCGGUCCAGCAGCAGCAGCAACAGCAAGCCGUUGUCCUUCGGAAGGAAGGCCAGCGACCUCCGUCGAUGUUGCUACGGCAGUCCAGUGCCGCCCUGGUUGCACCCCAGCCAAGUUAAGAGCUAAGUUGGAGUGUUAUAUUCACGAGAGAGACUGACACACACACACAUUCAAAGGACACCUAUGAGGUUUGAGAAUCGAUAAGGAUGUAUCAAGAUAUUAAUGCAAAAGUAUAUAUAUAUAUAUAUAUAUAUAUAUAUAUAUAUAUAUAUAUAUAUAUAUAUAUAUAUAUAUAUAUAUAUAUAUAUAUAUAUAUAUAGAUCUCAACCAAGGCGCAUGAGAAUCAAAAUUUGCGAUCUCUCGUGGCAAAUACUAUGAAAACUUAUAAAUCAAAUUACAAUUUGGUAGUUGGGAGGAAAUAUGAAGAGAGAGAGAGAGCGACCUAUUUAUGAUUUUUGUUGCGUCGUUAGAGUUAAAAUUUUUAAUCGAACACAGAACAAUAUUAUAUAGUCUAAUUGCAAAAUUUGUCAAUCGAGUCUCUUCCGUUACCUGAGUAGCGAGCAAAGCACACAAACCAAAUCUGCGCUUACCGAUGUUCGACGCUUUGAUGAUCUCAUUUAGCGAAGAUUAAUGUGGAAACGUACAUUUGCUCACACAACCCAUAUUAGAACAGAAGCCUGGUAGUAUUGUACACAAAGUACCUAACGCUUCGCUUGUUAUGUAACAAUAGAUUUAAAAUUGUCAUAUCCCUCUUAUCGAAAGCCUAGAUAGUUAUCGGAAACGCCUUCCAAUUCUGAACUCUCUUUCUUUUGAGCACCACUUUAAUAUAUUUUAAACCGUGUUUUGUUUAACAAAUUUUCAACAAUUCUAUGCACUCAUACUGUUUCACGAAUUGUUUGGGACUCAGGCCAUUACGCGUAAAAUGUAGUAUACUUUAUUCCUUUUGAGAGAGCGAGAGAGUUGAUCUCUCUUCAAAUUCUAUAUUUUAACUAAUUUUAUUCCGAAUUGAGGUGACCAAAAGUGUCUGAUAUGCUGUGUUAUGGCGUCUAUCAAAACUUUACUGCCGCUUUUCGAAACACGCAGAAUUUUAGCGAGAUUUUGUACUUCCAUAGUUUGUUUCCUGGCGUCAUAUUUGUACACUUUCAUACAAACACGAAUAACUUAUUUGUAAGUAUUUAUUUAUUACGAAAAUAGUUUUACUGCAUCGGCCAUAAUAGGUUUUCUCGUCUUUUUAACAAAAAAACCUAACCCAAAAUUGUAGUUGUAGCGAUACUGAAUACUUAUAUAGACAUUUUUAACUUUAUGAAAAUCAAAUUUUAAGGGUGGGGUCAGCUUAGCUCACUUUCGGCCGAAAUGUGCGGUUGACACUUCCAUAAAAAAGAAAUCAUUAACAAGGUUGAGAAUAGUUAUUGAAUAGUUAAGUAAUCAAAUGUUAAUACCGGAGCAUGUAAUGAAAUCAAUACGAAAGCCUAAUCCAACAACAAAUACAGUAAAUAACAUAUUCGAACCGUGAAAAAAAAAUGAUAGACUCAAGUCCCCCUUCACAAUACUCCUCUCAAAUAUCCAAUAUUCCGUAAUUUAUUAACAAAACAAUAUACCAAUAAACUAGUCAAACAAACUGACAGUUAAAAAAAUCUAGUGAAUUGCUACCAAAUGAUGCUAAUCUAGCCUUGUUCCCUUGCUCAUGAAGCAGUGAAAAAAAUGGAAAUCUCUCCCUCAAAAAAAAAAAAAAAAACAAAAAAAAACAAAUGUUAUAUUUGUCUGCCAAUUGUAAUCGCUCAUAGUAAAUAAUCGAAUCGGAACAGAAACAAAUCAUAUUACACACAGACACUCACUACUCUCUAACCCAAUCAAGUAAGCCAAAAAUAAACUACACUUAGCGAACGCGCACUGUAGAAGCUAGGGGCAAUUGGACAGCAAUCCGUUUGAGCGAAAGAGAGAGGAAGCAGCGGAGCGGGAGAGUAUAUGUAUAAUGUAACUUUAUCUAGAUGAAACGCCUGAAAACUUGUGAAAAGUGGAUUCAGAAAACACACACACACAUGCGGAAAGCGAAGCGACAUCUUCUGCUCCUAAUGUGAUUGAAUACUGCAAAGAAGUAAACCAUAGUUUAAUGAAUAUUUGCGAA